UUUUCCCUUUGUCCCAACAGGCCUGCACAAGACAGGUUGAGCUUCUCCAGGGGAAGACCUCCCUCUCAAUUCACUUUUGUGGUUCCAUGAUUAUCUGCCUAUUAUUGGUGACUGAAAAGUUUAAGGGCCAACCCUAAGGUGAAGCUGUUCCUGGCAUGCUUUAGGAUUCUUUCUUCUGGAUUUUAAAGUUUUUUUUUUUUAAUAAAUAAAUACAUAAGUAAAUAACAUCGGACGGAUAAAAGAUGUGCCAUGGCAGGAUAGCACCAAAGAGCAGCUCAGCGUUUGUCGUGACCUCCGUGGGGCAUGGAGUGUUCCUUCAGCUGGUGAUCCUUAGCACUCUGUUUGGAGAUGGAUUAACCUCUGUGUGCCCUCUGCCCCCAGAGCCAGAGAAUGGCGGCUACAUUUGCCACCCCCGGCCCUGCAAAGACCCCUUGACGGCAGGCAGUGUCAUCGAGUACCUGUGUGCAGAAGGCUACAUGCUGAAGGGCGACUACAAAUACCUGACCUGCAAGGAUGGCGAGUGGAGGCCGGCCAUGGAGGUCAGCUGCCAUCUCAAUGAAGACAAAGAAACUCACACGUCACUCGGGGUCCCUGCGCUGUCCAUAGUGGCUUCCACUGCCAGCUCUGUAGCCCUCAUUCUUCUCCUCGUGGUGCUGUUUGUACUGCUGCAGCCAAAGCUGAAGUCUUUCCAUCAUAGCAGGCGUGACCAGGGGGUUUCUGGGGACCAAGUCUCCAUCAUGGUGGAUGGGGUCCAGGUUGCACUACCUUCAUACGAGGAAGCUGUGUAUGGCAGUUCUGGUCACUGCAUGCCACCGGCUGACCCCAGAGUACAGAUUGUUUUGUCGGAAGGGUCUGCGCCUCCUGGGAGGAACAUGCCAAGGGAGCCACAGCUGCAGGGCCAGGGGGCCUGCUCCUCUGCAGGUGGAGAGGAGGAGGCCCCGGGCCAUUCUGGGCUGUGUGAAGCCUGGGGUUCCCAGGGCUCAGAGACUGUGAUGGUGCACCAGGCAACCACCUCUUCCUGGGUGGCCGGCUCCGGGAGCAGCCAGCUGACACACAAAGACACCGCAGACUCGGAGAGCAGUGACAUACAAAGCCUUUUAUCCCUCACCUCAGAGGAGUACCCAGAUGAUAUCCCCCUGUUGAAAGAAGCGUGAGGACUGCCCGUCCUCUCUCCUCUCUGCCCGUCCGUCCUCUCUCCUCCUGUGGGUUUGAGUACCGUGUCCUCUCCAGCUGCCCCACCUGGAUGCCUGAGCUGCCACCUGUGUAUCUGUGUGUACCUGAGGGCCUGCAGGCCACCCCGCUGGAUACGCAAGGAAGAGUCUCACCAUCUGCCCGCUGAACAGCUGGAGGAUCUGGCUCUUUGCCUGGCCCGGCCUUCCCAUCUGUCAGGGACAUGUCUGAAUGUGCUGGAUUGAACCCUCCCUUUCCCCGAGCCACUGGGUCCCUUGCAGCCAGCUCUCUGGUGACAGCCCCGCAGUCACGAGGGCCCGAGCACUGCUGUGUUUACUUGUGCCUUCCCCCGCCCUGUCCAGGUCCCCUGUGUGCAGGUGGGUUGCUGUCCACAGGCCUCAGUGGCUGUUGCUACCUGUACACAGGGGCUGGUCCUGGGGCUGCAGAAACAGAUUGAGCACUUAGGCCCUCAAAGCAGGAGAGACUCUUACUGGGGCCAGAGUGUGGGUCCCUGAACUUGCCCUGUGUGUUGACACUGAUGGCAUCUUCCUUGACUGAGGAUAGAAGGUUUGGGAGGUCGUGCCAGACCUGCCCGGCACUCAGCUGUUCAGCUCGGGUGCAGGUUCCUGACUCUUUGGAGUUUCCAAGAAGCACCCAGAAGACCUAUGGGAAGGAAGAAGGUUGUCAGAUAAUGAUUGUCUUCCUAAUAUGCAAGUUCUCACUUCCUGCUUCCAGCAUUGGCUGCCUUGGCCUUGGUUUCUGUUCCUGGAUAAGGGGAAGUUGCAUGCUGCCUCCUGGACUUCGUCCUAGGUAGCUCUGGCUUCCUUGCAGCCCACAGAACCCCAAGAUUUGCUGAGAUGCCAACAAAAGCUCAUCUGGGUUUUGGCAGUCUGGGCAAGUUGCCCAUUUCUAGGUUUGUGGUGAUGGAGGA